AUGCCAAACAAGCUUCACAGCGCUCCACCUUUCAGGGCAGAGCACAUGGGCUCCCUCCUACGCCCAGCUAACCUGCUCGAAGUGCGCGAGAAGAUAGCCAACACAGGAAUCUCCGCAGAAGCUGCAGGCCUACCGGCCCUCGAACAAGAAUCCGUCCGCGAAGUGGUAAAAAUGCAACAGGACCUUGGGUUCAAUGCUGUUACGUCUGGCGAGUACAACCGCACCCGAUUCUGGGGGUUGAUGUGGGACGAGUUCCAAGGCACAACCCGUCUCCAAAAUGCCGAUGCCUCGAUGUUCAGACUCUACCACCCAGACGUGGUAUCUCUAAUCGAGAAAGAAAGCAAAGUCAUGCCGGGCGACUCCGUCAUCGCCGGCGGCAAGCUAUCGCACAGCGCAGCUGCUUCGAAAGCAAAUCUUCACGAACUGAAACUCGUGCAGGCAUCACUGCCACGAAGCAAAUGGCACACUAUCAAACUGACGAUGAUCACGCCUGCGUGGUUCCACAUGCGGUACAAGCAAGGCCGUGCAUACGCACCUGAUGCCUAUGCUAAUGACACCGAGUACUUUGCCGAUGUGGCGAAGGUGUAUCGUGCCGAACUGGCAUCGCUGUAUGCAGCCGGUCUGCGGAACGUGCAGUUUGAUGACCCAGGGAUGGCAUAUUUCUGCUCGGAGGCGUUCCGACAGGGGUGGGCGGAUGAUGCAGAUAAUGUGGGGUCAGUGGAGGACUUACUUGAUGCUUAUAUCAAUUUGUAUAACGAUUCGCUGGUUGGGUUGCCGGAUGAUCUGCAUACGGGGAUUCAUCUUUGUCGGGGGAAUUUUAUUGGUGGGAGGUAUUUCUCGGAGGGGUCGUAUGAAAUCAUUGCGAAGAAGUUGUUUGAGGAAUUGGAUGUGAAGACGUUUUAUUUGGAGUAUGAUACUGAGCGAGCGGGGGGGUUUGAGCCCUUGAGGUUUUUGCCGAAGGAGAAGAAUGUGGUUGUUGGGGUUGUUAGCACGAAAGUUCGUGAGUUGGAGGAUAAGGAGACGAUGAAGGAGCGUAUUUAUUCGGCGGCGGGAUUUGUUGCUGAGGGCUCUGGGGAGACGAGGGAGGAGGCGCUGAAGAGGAUUUGUGUUAGUCCUCAGUGUGGGUUUAGUACUCAUGAGAGUGGUUAUCCGCUUCUUGUUGAGCAUCAGAAGAAGAAACUGGCUCUGGUCAGACAGAUUGCAGAUGAGGUUUGGGGAGAGACGUGA